AAAAAAUGAUAGUGGCAAUGAUAAAUGAAUAAUUCUGAUAUCACCGGGUAUGAAUUUGAUUCGGUGCUGCCAACUGAACGAUCCGACUGCUUGGCGAGCGUAAAACAGACGACGGCGGACUUCCCGAUGAGGAUUCCUGCGUCGGCAAUUCAAACCCGUAUACUUUAACGGCGACGCCAAAAGAAAUACGACAACCAAUUGUCCACGGAAUAGAUGUAGAAUCACAAUAGAAUAAUAAAUCGGUCGGACGACGGAUAAAAUCACGGAAAAUCAUGGAUUACAGCAAUAUAUAUCCACCUUGAAUUACAGAUAACAUUUUUUUUUUGUUUUGAUAACAACAAAAUGAUAAGGAUAACCAUAUAACCACACCUCACAAACAGUAUAUUAUAUGUUCAUGACCACGCCGUCCACGUGUUUACCAUGAAGACUAUGACAAUAAAGAUAACUUGUUGACUGUUGUUUUUUAACCAAAAUUCAAAUCCGGAAUUAUCGAAACAGUUAAAAACUUUAAACGUUUUGUACCAACGCAUUCAAGGCUAAAAUUACUGAAUUUGCCUAACGAAGACCUUUUUUACUCCCUAAUUUGGCCAGACCGCUAAACCACUACACUAUUGUGGGGACUUUCUUACGUGUAAGCCAACUUAAAUAUUAUCAGCUUUAAAUAAUCCAGCAGCCUUAGCAAAUUAAUAUUUAUCAUAUGAGUGAGUGCUGAGUGCAAGUGAAAAACAAGAAGAUAAAUUUAAUAUGGAGUUAAGAACAACUUCAAAUGAUGCCAAAAUCUCUUCCAAGUAUGGUUAUAUAUUAAACAAUUCUAGACAGUUGAUAAUUCCACUUAUUAGAUGUGAUCAUUUACUCAAUCGACCAUCUAAUGUAGUUAUUAAACAAGAAUUUAUUGCCAAGACAGAGUAUCAUAAUGAUAGUCAAUUAUUACAAAGUGGGACUGUACAUAAAACUGGAGAAAAAGUAAACACAAAUAUUACUGAUAUAAAAAUCGAAAAUGAUUAUAUCGAUAAUAAUGUAUUUGAAAGUAUAGUUGUUAGGCAAGAUCACUCUUCAAACUUUCUGGAAAAUACCUUAACAUGCGAAUUGUGUUGUAAAAAAUUUACUGAUGAAUUCAGUAUGAGAAGACAUAUGAAAAUAUAUAGGGGAAAACCCACUUUUACAUGUGAAAUAUGUAAACAAUCAUUUCAUCAAAAACCACAGUUGAUCGCUCAUAUUUUAAAUCACACAGAAGAUAAAUCUAACAAAUGUGGUGUUUGUAAUAAAAUGUUUACAAGAAAUGGAUAUGUAAAAAUUCAUAUGAGGAUCCAUACUGGAGAAAAGCCGUAUGAAUGUAAUUUAUGUAAUCAAAAAUAUGCUCACAGAGGAGGUUAUGACAUUCAUAUGAAAAAUCAUACUGGAUUGAAACCACACAAAUGUGGUUUAUGUAAUGCAUCAUUUAGUUUAAAAGGCCAUUUGAAAAGACAUAUGUUGACUCAUACCAGUAAAAGAGAAAGGACAUAUGUUUGUGACAUUUGUAAUAAGUCUUACUAUAAUAGUUCACAUUUGAAAAGACACAAAUGGCUUCAUUCUGCAGAAAAACCUUAUAAAUGCACUAUCUGUAAUAGAACAUUUUCAGACACGAGCCAUCUCAAAACACACACAAGAAUUCAUACUGGUGAAAAGCCUUUUAAAUGUGAAAUUUGCAAUAAAUCUUUUAUUGUAAAAUCAAGUUUGACAAUACAUAUGAUGAAUCACACAGGGUUGAAACCUUUCAAAUGUAAAGACUGUUUUAAGACAUUCAGUAAUAUGACACGACUGAAAUCACAUAUGUCAGUUCAUACAGGAGAAAAACCAUUCGAAUGUAGCAUCUGUCAUAAAUUAUUUUCUAAAUCAACCAAUUUACAAUACCAUAUGAUGAAACAUAAAGACGAAAAUCCUCAUAAGUGUUUCGUGUGUAAUAAAACAUUCGCAAUCGCAUCAUUUUUAAAAAGCCAUAUGGUUAUUCAUUCUUCCAACAAGCCUUAUAAAUGUAAUGUUUGUGAUAAGGUAUUUUCCCAGGCAAUACAUUUAAAAGUUCAUACUAGAACACAUACUGGGGAAAAACCUUAUAAAUGUGAUAUUUGUUACAAAUCAUUUUCGGUAUCUAAUUCUUUAACUUUACACAAGAGAACUCAUACUGGGGAAAAGCCGUUUAAAUGUGAAAUAUGUGAUUAUAGAUGUACAACAUCUUCUUCAUUAAUAAUUCAUAACAGAUUUCAUUCUGGGAAGAAACCUUAUAGUUGUGAUGUAUGUAACAAGGCAUUUGUUGCUACUUCACUUUUAACUGUACAUAAAAAGAAACAUACAGGAGACAAACCGUUUAAAUGUGACUUAUGUCCUAGAACAUUUAUUCAAAAAUCUACUAUAAGAAUGCACAUUAUGAGUUUUCAUUCUAAAUUCAGACCUUAUAAGUGUGAUGUUUGUAAGAACUCAUAUGCUUCAAAAUCAAUUUUGAAAUUACAUAUGAGAAUACACACUGGAGAAUCCCCUUUUACUUGUGGUAUCUGUAAUAAAUCAUUUCGUCAUAAACCACUGUUGAAAAGUCAUAUUAUAAACCAUACAGGAGAAAAAGCUUAUAAGUGUAAAAUUUGUUCGAAAGCGUUUACUAAUAGCUCAGGUGUUAAAAUGCACAUGAGAAUUCAUACUGGUGAAAAACCAUAUAAGUGUGAUUUAUGUACGAGAGGAUUCCGUUAUAAAGGAAGUUUUGAUAUUCACAUGGCCCAGCAUACUGGGUUAAAACCCUUUAAAUGUGAUAUAUGUAAUAAAGCCUUUGCUGUGAAAUCAAGAUUGAUUCGGCAUAUGAGUAUUCAUACUAAUGAGUAAUGAUUAAAAAACUAAGAAUAAGAAUUUCUGAAGUAAAAUAAAUGUACUUUCUUAGAAAAAUUA